CGCCCGCCCCGUCCAGCCGCGCGCAGCCUCGUCCCCCCUCCUUGAACUGGACCUCUCCCCCAGCAAACCAGACUGAGGGACCACUCUGGAAUUUCUAUGAGGCGUUGGUUGCGGGAUGUGUGUUGUGUGCUGAGGCAGGAUGUGUGCUGGGGGGUUUGCUUUUGGGCACCAAUGGAGAUGAUGGGGCCACAUCCUUCAACUCCCCCUCCGGGGCCCACCACCACCAGCCUUACUCCUCCUGAACCCACCAAGAGGGCACUCCCACCCAGCUCCGUCUCUGUGGAUGAAUUCGACCUCAGAUUUGGGUCCACAGUCAUUUAUUGAGCGCCUACUGUAUGCUGGGGAUACAGCUGUAAACACGAGGUCCUUGCCUUCCUGGAACGUCCACUCUAGACAGACAGACAGACAAAAGCAAGAUACGAGGCCCUGCCAAGCCAGCUUGGAGUUGUGAGUGUGGCCACUUCUUCUCAACUGCUCAGUCCCCACCAGGACCAAGCUGGAGCCCCUCCCCUGCCCCCUUCAAAUCCCCCUCCAUCCUAUCCUUCCUUUGAUCUGACCCUGACUCACCUCCUUCCUGUUUCUUAAAAACCCUUCCCACAUCCCCAGACUAAGCCCUUCCUCUCUGGCCGCCCCCCACAGGACGUCUCCUUUUUCUGUAAUCUUCUCUUUGGUUACCUUACUCUCUAUUUCUUACUGGGGUCCUAGGAGAUACCAGCACCCCCAUUCACCUUGCCUGAUCUUUUCAACACCCCCUAACCACAGUCUGCCUUAGCUCAACACUAUCCCAUAUAUUUCAUGUGUCUUCUAGGACAUUCCACCCCACCAUUACACUUACUUCCUAUAUCAACUACAAAAAUCUUUCUCUCACCACUGCCCACGGAUGCCGCCAUCUCAUCUAUAAACAUUCCCGUCAGCCAAUUUUUGUGUCACCCCAAUACUCUGUCAUUUAUGCUCUGAUUGCGUCUGUAAACACCUCCUUGACAAAGCUCUUUGUUAAUCCUGCCAUCCCCCCAAACACCUCUCCUGUUGUAAUUCUAUCCCUCCUCCAACUUUCCCCUCUCAAGCUCUACCUUCCGUGCCCCGCUUUGCCCACGAUUCUCGGUCGAUCUCAUUUCUUCCCCUCGGAGCUCCCACCAUGUUACCCUGAGCCUCCAAGGAGGGGGCUCAGGGGGCCCGAUGGCUUCCCGCCCCCCGUGGCCCCACAGCCCCCGUGGGCCAGGGGAAGUGCCUCGAAAGCCCCAGUGCCGAGGAUGGGCAACCGCACGUGGGAGGGCUGCCAUGUGGACUCACGUGUGGACCACCUCUUCCCGCCGUCCCUCUAUAUCUUUGUCAUCGGGGUGGGGCUGCCCACCAACUGCCUGGCCCUGUGGGCCGCCUACCGCCAGGUGCGGCAACGCAACGAGCUGGGCGUGUACCUGAUGAACCUCAGCAUCGCCGACCUGCUGUACAUCUGCACGCUGCCGCUGUGGGUGGACUACUUCCUGCACCACGACAACUGGAUCCACGGCCCCGGCUCCUGCAAGCUCUUCGGGUUCGUCUUCUAUACCAACAUCUACAUCAGCAUCGCCUUCCUGUGCUGCAUCUCUGUGGACCGCUACCUGGCCGUGGCCCACCCGCUGCGGUUUGCCCGCCUGCGCCGUGUCAAGACGGCCGUGGCCGUGAGCUCCGUGGUCUGGGCCACCGAGCUGGGUGCCAACUCGGCGCCCCUGUUCCAUGACGAGCUCUUCCGGGACCGCUACAACCACACCUUCUGCUUCGAGAAGUUCCCCAUGGAGGGCUGGGUGGCCUGGAUGAACCUCUACCGCGUUUUUGUGGGCUUCCUCUUCCCGUGGGCCCUCAUGCUGCUGUCCUACCGUGGCAUCCUGCGGGCCGUGCGGGUCAGCGUGUCCACCGAGCGCCAGGAGAAGGCCAAGAUCAAGCGGCUGGCCCUCAGCCUCAUUGCCAUCGUGCUGGUCUGCUUCGCGCCCUACCACGUGCUCCUGCUCUCGCGCAGCGCCGUCUACCUGGGCCGCCCCUGGGACUGCGGCUUCGAGGAGCGUGUCUUCUCCGCAUACCACAGCUCGCUGGCCUUCACCAGCCUCAACUGCGUGGCUGACCCCAUCCUCUACUGCCUCGUCAACGAGGGCACCCGCGGCGACGUGGCCAACGCCCUGCACAACCUCAUCCGCUUCCUGGCCAGUGACAAGCCCCAGGAGAUGGCCAACGCCUCCCUUACCCUGGAGACCCCACUCGCUUCCAAGAGGAACAAUGUGGCCAAGGCCGUGGCGGCUGGCUGGGCGGCAGCUCCGCUGGCCCAGGGGGACCAGGUGCAGCUGAAGAUGCUGCCGCCGGCACAGUGAACCUCAGAUCACGCAGAGCCCCCUCCUCAAAUCUCAUCUCACACCCUCUUCCCUCUGGGGCUGGUGUAUGCAAAUUUAUGUAAAUAAGUCCAUAUUAAUAUUCAUAAGAAUAUAAAAAAUAGGAAAACAGUGA